ACCAGAUGUGUGGCGAAGCCUUCCGACCACAAACCGAAAAUCCCCUUGGAAGCAUUGGUCUCUUUCUUCCUCUGCUGUACCUAUCUAUCUUAUCACCACCGAAGGUACUUUCAAGAUGAUGCAAAUGGGUCCCGGUGGUCCUCCCGUCAUGGUGCUCAACGCCAAGACACAACGUCAAACUGGCCGUGCGGCGCAAUUGGGAAAUAUCGCAGCCGCUCGUGCCGUGGCCAAUAUUAUCCGCACAACGUUGGGGCCGCGUUCGAUGCUGAAAAUGCUCUUGGAUCCCAUGGGCGGCAUUGUCUUGACCAAUGACGGAUCUUUCUUGUACUAG